UUUAUUAUAAUGCCCGAGCCGGCCAAGUCCGCCCCCGCGCCCAAGAAAGGCUCUAAAAAGGCGGUGACCAAGACGCAGAAGAAGGGCGACAAGAAACGGCGCAAGAGGCGCAAGGAGAGCUACUCGAUCUACGUGUACAAGGUGCUGAAGCAGGUGCACCCCGACACGGGCAUCUCGUCCAAGGCCAUGGGCAUCAUGAACUCCUUCGUCAACGACAUCUUCGAGCGCAUCGCCGGCGAGGCCUCGCGCCUGGCGCACUACAACAAGCGCUCCACCAUCACCUCGCGGGAGAUCCAGACGGCCGUGCGGCUCUUGCUGCCUGGCGAGCUGGCCAAGCACGCCGUCUCCGAGGGCACCAAGGCUGUCACCAAAUACACCAGCUCCAAGUAAGCUGCGUCUGCGCCCUGUGCCACACCUUCUCAACUCAAAGGCUCUUUUAAGAGCCACCCACCUUUUCAGUAAAAGAGCUGAUGCUGCGGUGACUUGUUC